AUGUCUCAACAAGAAAUACAAUAUACAAUAUACAAUGUGCGAGUGAAAUUGGGUCGGAGGGACCAAGUUGGCGAGACUCCAAUGCAGAUUCUUUUCCACUGGUUGAACAAAAUUAGGUUUGUUUUCUUCCAUCGAACAUCUGAGAAGGACGAAAGACUACAAGAUGUUUUCUUUAUCCACCCAAAGUCGAACAAGUUGUGGUAUGCCUUCCCACAUGUGUUGCUUAUAGACUCCACCUACAAGACGAACCAGUACAAAAUGCCGCACUUCCAUAUUAUCGGUGUCACACCUACAUACAUCUCUUUUUGCAUUGCCCAUGCAUUCAUAACCUACGAAAAAGAGGAAAACUUCUUGUGGGUGUUACAGCAGUUGAAAGACUUAUUGGAAAACCAUAUAGAGAACGAUUUGUUUCUUUUUGGACCGAUCAACAUCUCAACUUUAGUCAGGGUGGAGAGUCAACAUGCCCUUUUGAAGAGAUACCUCAACGAGUCAAACAACACGCUGGAUAAAGUUGUACCGCUUAUCGAUCAGGUCCUUGAAAACCAGUUAACAGAGAUAAGAGGCAACAUUGAACAAAGUAGGAGUCGUACAAUAGAUAACCAUGACAAACCAAUCUUUGAUUUCCUACGAAAGAGGGUCAUACAUGCAUGUCUCGAUCAGUUAGCUAAGGAAAUCUACGUCCUAGAGGACUUGCAAGAUGCUAAUGGAGAAAGGAUUCCACUAGAGUCGAUAGACCCCUUUUUGCGAAAGCUAGGUAUGAAGUCUUUGAACGAAGAUGGCCAAGAGGAGGAUAUUGACAUCGACAUCGAACUAGAGAUACUCGUACAACGUAUAAUGGGGAGGCCGAGAGAAGUAAAGAAAAAUAUGUUUCAAAAGAUAAAGGAGUUGGUUAAUCCCCAACCGACAAAUGUAAAACAACCACUCGUGCAGAAAAACACAUGUGGACGUCCAACUUUAAAGGCUCAACAACAAAAGUUGGUCGAUUCGUUUGUGGAGCCUUCUAGACACAGUUUGUAA